AUGUAUUACUCAAAGCUCAUGAUCAUUGCCUUCGUCCGCUAUGCCUUAGGACGUGCGAUUUUACUCGAGAAUCCUUCUUCUCCCUCUGAGAGAGACGAUGAUGCCCUAACAUUGUCGUUAGAAGAGACGCUCAUAGACUUCAAGAGGGGUGUUAAUGUUGUGAAUACCAAAAGAGAUGAUGAGGCCGUAGACUCCAAGAGAGGUGUUAAAAUUGUUGACACCAAAAGAAAUGAUGGAGACAUCAAGCGGGACGAAGAAAUUACCAAGCGGGAGGAGGAUAUCACCAAACGAGACGAAGCUAUUACAGAAAAAAAAAAUAACAACGGCGGAGACUACAAACGAAACAAUAGCGGGGACUACAAACGAGACGAAGCUAUCGCAGAAGAAAACAGAAACAACGGCGGAGAAGAUGAGAGGGCUGGCGAUAUUGCGGGCCAUAACUGA